AUGGCAGACCUUUCCAGUCUGUCCGAUGCGCAGACCAUCCUGCUAGCCUGCGAGCUCUGUGCAGCUGGCAAUGUGAACCCACUGCCUCGCCUGCACCAGCAGUUUCCUACGUCACUCACCACAGAGCGCCUGUUCCGCAUCAUCCUGUCCUUUUUGCCAGAAACCACACCUCCGUCGCUCUACACACCGAUCCUCGAGGACAUCGACCGGAACGAACUCUCAGAAAACAGCAAUGGGCCAGUCGACGUGUCCUCCAUCAAAGAGGCCAAGGAAGCAGAGGCCCGGAGACGCGUUCGGCAGCUACGAUUGCUCCCUCUAAAAUACCAUUCGGGGGAGAGUGCAACCGAUGAUCUUUUGACGGAAUUCAUCAUCCAUCGCGCUCACAAGAUAGAUGCCGAGACCGGCUUGCAGACUUUUAUUUUGGAGCUAUUGUUGCCAUUCUACGAUCGCUCGGAAACCCUUCGGCGAUAUCUGGUGUCUUUAAUACUACCGCUCUUGCGGGCCAACUACGAAUACUACCCCGAGCGAGAGGAGAAGCUAUCUCUUGAUGUAUUCGAUUCCUUGGACACGGCUACCAGCAUCAAUUUGCUGCUUUCGAUGACCGCUUCCAACGCGACUGCAAUCGAUCUGGGGAAAAACCUGAGGGGACUAGCUGGGCCGUGGAUUUCUGGACGAAUACAAUCCAAAAGACGAAAACUUAGUCAUGCAGGCUCAACUGCUGGAGUCAACGACUUGUCAGCACACUGGCAGAUUGUGAAUGAAUGGCUAUUGUCUCGUAGUCUGGUGGAGUUUGAAACCGUAGCUCGCGGUAUUAUCGACUGGGACGGCCCUGGAGAUGUGGACUCGGGCGGUUAUUUGCCGGAAGACGAUACUUCAGAGGAAAUAGAUGCAAUAAAAAGAUCCUACGGGCAAGCGGCACUUGCCAUCGUCUAUGCGACAGACCUUGGCAGGGGCUCGCUUGAAAGUUCCUUCCAGAUCACAUCCAAAGUGGAAAGUCUGCUUGGGCUUGAUAGCAAUUUGCAGAUCAAAUUCGAUGCCGAGCAACUACCCCUGUUUGACGUCGAUGUUAAAAUGCUUUCAACGGCAUCCAAAGCAUUGUUGUUGCAGAACGCCCUGUUGAAACCCAACAACUCUCUCACUGUCCCGACGCCUCAGUCUGUCGGCUUUCUUCAAAUACUACUCGUCUCUUUGCGAGUGUUGCGUGCUUAUGGGUACAACACUUCGUGCAGAUCCGCUGCGACGGUCUGUCUGCAGAAUGGCGAGGAGGCGCAGGCAUUGGAGAUGCACGGCGUCAUAAACAUGAUUGCCAAACAAGCAAAACCUGGUCAGGAUUGGAGAAAGAUUCGCGAGCAGAUACUAUGGCUCCAAGACUGGCGUGGCUUGCAUAGUACUUCGGACCAGGCAAAGUCUGAAUAUCAUGGUCUCUUUUGGAGAGUUUCUCGGGCUGCUGUAGAAACAGAAAUUCUCAGAGCGAUGAUGACUGCAGGAGAAUACCAAGUGGCCACGGAGAUAUAUACUGGAGACGAGUCCCCUCUUGAUUUGACACAGGUUGAAACAGCCGUUGUAGAAACCAUCAUAUCCUUCUACGACACCGCUAGCAACGGCAACAAAACGCGUGGUAAGAUGAAGAGAGCAGUUGAUACUCUCAGGGCAUUCCAGUCCCAAUUUCCAAACGCCAAGUCACUUCAAGAACUCGCAGCCCUUAUUUCAGCAACCCAUGCCUUGUCAUUCUAUUCUUUGACAUUGCAGCACGGCGUGCCUUUUCAACCCGUCAGCAUUCGCGUGCACAGCGACCCGUUGUCCUUGAUCGAGACAGUUUUGGAGCAGAAUUCAAAAAGCUACACCAAACUCGACGACCUCUUAUCGAUUGGAAGGCAUUUCGUGGCCGCCGGUCUGCCUCUGCAACUACCGGGCGAUGACAACUCGACUCGGUGGUGGAAGUCGAAACUGUCACAGGAACAAAAAUCCCUCCUCGCCGAGAAGCGUAUCGUGUCAAUGGCGGUGUCGUCGGCACUGGCAUCUGACGAUUUUGGCACUGCAUACUCUUAUAUCCUCACGCGCCUCACGCCGCCUUCACUAAUGCCAACUUCGUCGUCGUCGUCGUCAUCAUCAUCCCCCAUCGAAGACAACAUCUCCUGGCGAGCCGCCUACAACGCCGGACGCCACCGCUCAACAACCACAUCAUCAUCAUCGCCAUCAACAUCAACACCAAACGACCAAACACACCUAACCGCGCAAAUCUCAGUCCUCUCACAACGCCUCGAACUCCUCUCCCUCGCCCUCGUCCUCGCCCCGACCGCCGACCCUCUACCGGAGAUCCUUGGCGCCUGGCGCCGUUGCGACGAAGAACUCUCCACCCUGCGCGACCAGGAAAACCAAGAAGCCGAAGAAUGGGACCGGAAAGGCGACAUUACUGCUACUACUACUACUACUACCAGCAUUCUGCCUGGCGGCUUCGGCCCCACAGACCGCGAACUCGACGCCUACGAAAACGAGCGCCAACAACAAACCCGGCGCGCGCGGGCUCGCAAUCAUCUAGCUGGCACCAGCAAUAAUUCCUAUGAGGAAGCGCCAAUGGGACUCUUUGACGUUGCGCGCGGCGCUGCACGUGCGUUUAGCAAGAACAUUCCAUUGCAGACGGGUGGUGCUCGCUCUGGCUCUAUUACUUCCCCUGCUGCUGCUGCCCCUAACACUACUACUACUUCCCCCGGAGAGCACUUUUCCUCUAGCAGAAGCAGUAGCGAAUUCCUCAGCCGGUCUACAGAAUUUGGUGAAGGUGAAGAUCGCGUGCGGAAACGGGAUAUGAAGAAACGACCAACUGUCGUGAAUGGUGGGCCGUUAUAG